AUUCACACACACUUUAUCAGUCUCUACUGCUGGACUUGAAGGAAAGAGAUGAAGGAUCCGCAACUACCAGGUAACACUUAAAACUAUUAUUUUGUGAGUGGGUAGUUAUAUGCAAAAUAAUAUAAAAUGCAUAUAAAUAACUUUUUAGCAAAUCUUUUUAUUUUUAUUUUUUAUUUUAUUUUAUUUCACCUUUAUUUAACCAGGUAAGCCAGUUGAGAACAAGUUCUCAUUUACAACUGUGACCUGACCAAGAUAAAGCAAAGCAGUGCGAUAAAAACAACAACACAGAGUUACAUAUGGGGUAAACAAAACAUAAAGUUAAAAAUACAACAGAAAAUAUAUAUACAGUGUGUGCGAAUGUAGUAAGUUAUGGAGGUAAGGCAAUAAAUAGGCCAUAGUGCAAAAUAGUUACAAUUUCGUAUUAACACUGGAAUGAUAGAAGUGCAAAAGAUGAUGUGCAAAUAGAGAUACUGGGGUGCAAAUUAGCAAAAUAAAUAACAAUAUGGGGAUGAGGUAGUUGGGUGGGCUAAUUUCAGAUGGGCUGUGUACAGGUGCAGUGAUCGGUAAGCUGCUCUGACAACUGACGCUUAAAGUUAGUGAGGGAGAUAAGAGUCUCCAGCUUCAGAGAUUUUUGCAGUUCGUUCCAGUCAUUGGCAGCAGAGAACUGGAAGGAAUGGCAGCCAAAGGAGGUGUUGGCUUUGGGGAUGACCAGUGAGAUAUACCUGCUGGAGUGCAGACUACGGGUGGGUGUUGCUAUGGUGACCAGUGAGCUAAGAUAAGACAGGGAUUUGCCUAGCAGUGAUUUAUAGAUGACCUGGAGCCAGUGGGUUUGGCGACGAAUAUGUAGUGAGGGCCAGCCAACAAGAGCGUACAGGUCACAAUGGUGGGUAGUAUAUGGGGCUUUGGUGACAAAAUGGAUGGCACUGUAAUAGACUACAUCCAAUUUGCUGAGUAGAGUGUUGGAGGCUAUUUUGUAAAUGACAUCGCCGAAGUCAAGGAUCGGUAGGAUAGUCAGUUUUACGAGGCCAUGUUUGGCAGUAUGAGUGAAGGAGGCUUUGUUGCGAAAUAGGAAGCCGAUUCUAAAUCUAACUUUUGAUUGGAGAUGCUUAAUGUGAGUCUGGAAGGAGAGUUUACAGUCUAACCAGACACCUAGGUAUUUGUAGUUGUCCACAUACUCUAGGUCAGACCCGCCGUGUUUAAGAGCAGUUGGAGGCUACGGAAGGAGUGUUGUAUGGCGUUGAAGCUCGUUUGGAGGUUUGUUAACACAGUGUCCAAUGAAGGGCCAGAUGUAUACAAAAUGGUGUCGUCCUCAUAGAGGUGGAUCCAAGCGUCACCAGCAGCAAGAGCGACAUCAUUGAUAUACACAGAGAAUAGAGUCGGCCCGAGAAUUGAACCCUGUGGCACCCCCAUAGAGACGGCCAGAGGUCCAGACAACAGGCCCUCCGAUUUGACACAUUGAACUCUAUCUGAGAAGUAGUUGGUGAACCAGGCGAGGCAGUCAUUAGAGAAACCAAGGCUAUUUAGUCUGCCAAUAAGAAUGCGGUGGUUGACAGAGUCGAAAGCCUUAGCCAGGUCGAUGAAGACAGCUGCGCAGUACUGUCUUUUAUCGAUCGCGGUUAUAAUAUCGUUUAGGACCUUGAGCGUGGCUGGGGGCACCCAUGACCAGCUCGGAAACCGGAUUGCAUAGCGGAGAAGGUACGGUGGGAUUCGAAAUGGUCGGUGAUCUGUUUGUUAACUUGGUUUUCAAAAACUUUCGAAAGGCAGGGCAAGAUGGAUAUAGGUCUGUAACAGUUUGGAUCUAGAGUGUCACCCCCUUUGAAGAGGGGGAUGACCGCGGCAUCUUUCCAAUCUCUGGGGAUCUCAGACGUUACGAAAGAGAGGUUGAACAGGCUAGUAAUAGGGGUUGCGACAAUUUCGGCAGCUAAUUUUAGAAAGAAAGGGUCCAGAUUGUCUAGCCCAGCUGAUUUGUAGGGGUCCAGAUUUUGCAGCUCUUUCAGAACAUCAGCUGUCUGAAUUUGUGUGAAGGAGAAGCGGGGGGGCAUGGGCAAGUUGCAGCAGAGGUUGCAGAGCUGGUGGCCAGGGUAGUGGUAGCCAGGUGGAAAGCAUGGCCAGCCGUAGCAAAAUGCUUGUUGAAAUUCUCGAUUAUUGUAGAUUUAUCGGUGGUGACAGUGUUUCCUAGCCUCAGUGCAGUGGGCAGUUGGGAGGAGGUGCUCUUAUUUUCCAUGGACUUUACAGUGUCCCAAAACUUUUUGGAGUUAGUGCUACAGGAUGCAUUACAUUACAUUACAUUUUCGUCAUUUAGCAGACGCUCUUAUCCAGAGCGACUUACAGUUAGUGAAUGCAUACGUUUUUUGUUUUUUUCAUACUGGCCCCCCGUGGGAAACGAACCCACAUCCCUGCCACAUUUCUGUUUGAAAAAGCUUUUGAUGCAAAUAUGUUCAUUAAGCCAAUAUGGGUUGACAUAUAGUCCAAUAUGGGUUAAGUCUAAUUUGGUUUACAUAGUCUAUAUGGGUUGACAUAUAGUUCUAAUAUGGUUGAUAUAGUCUAAUAUGGGUUGACAUAGUACCAAUAUGGUGACAUAUGUCUAAUAUGGUUGACAUAUAGUCUAAUAUGGUUGACAUUAGUCCUAAUAUGGGUUGACAUAUAGUCAAUAUGGGUUGACAUAUAGUCUAAUAUGGGUUGACAUAGUAGUCUAGUCACUGGUAGGCACGGCGUUGUAACGCCAAGGUAGUGGGUUCGAUCCGGGACCACCAUACAAAAAAGUAUGCACGCAUGACUGUAAGGUCGCUUUGGAUAAAGCGUCUGCUAAAUGGCAUAUUAAUAUGUUAAUUAUUAUAUGUUAUAUUAUAUUAUAUGUUAUAUUAUAUUAUUAUAUUAUAAUUUAUAGUCCAAUAUGGGUUGACAUAUAGUCUAAUAUGGGUUGACAUAUAGUCUAAUAUGGGUUGACAUAUAGUCUAAUUGCAUGUAGUCUACUUAUUUAGGCCUUUAAUUUGGUCCCAACAAACUUAGAUAAAAUACAUAAAAAAAUUUAUCAGAUCAAUAAGACAAAAGCAGUCAUUUAUUGUGCCCCCAUAACAAUAUGUGUUGCCAUUUCUAUAGGGCAUUAUGAAAUUGUGUAUUUCUUUUUACUGCAAUACUAGAAAAUAAUCAAACAAAUUAUCACAAAUGGUGGUUUUAAAUUGGAAUUCUUGCAAACCUCAUUGCUUUUUACUUGGGAACUCCUGUUAUUACAUUUCUGAAUCAAUAUACUGUUUAACUUUUUAGGACUUCAUUGUAAAUAAGAAUUUGUUCUUAACUGACUUGCAUAGUUAAAUAAAGGUUAAAUUAAACAUUUAAAAAUGUAAGGCAACUGCAAGCACAAAACAGACAGCUAGGCAAAAAAUAAUGGCAUGCAUUUGAUAUUAGUGUCUGUUUAAAAAUAUUACAGGUUACAGAGAAACUAUAAGGAAUUGCAUUGCAUCAGAAAAUAUGAUCACCUAAAGUUCAGGGGCACUGAUCCAGUUGUAACUGGUCAUUGUGUUGUGUAACAGUUCAACCAGAUAGCUUCUUGUAGCACAGCAAGAGAGUACACUACCAGUGAGCAAAAUUGGUUGAAAAUUUUAUUUUCAAAUUAAACCAAAGUAUGGAUUGCUGUCAUACCUUGCCAUAGACUGAUUACAGUGUAGGAAUGCACAACGCAGUUAUACUGUACAUAAGAUACUGUAGAACGCUAUAAUGGCCUGCCCAAGCCUUCCUAUUGAAGGACAGGCCAAAAAUGAGAUGCUCUGCUCUGACCUCAUUAGACCAAGGCGUCAUUGGCUAAUCCUACCAACUAUUAUAGAUGUUGGUGCUGACCUCACAGUCAUAUAUCUCCAUGACCCAACCUGACCUUAUCUGUGUCCACUAAAUAAAUAAUGUAGUGAGGUAAGGUCAAUCCCCACCUCCUUUUAUGCUUAGAGUUGAUGAUCUACAGUUCAAGUACAAGGCCACAUAUAAUUUAGGGGAUAGUGCUUGAUGUGCCAUAUAUUGUAAUCUGCGGUAUGCACGCAUUUUUGUAUUUACAAUUUUUGUUCCAACAUUUUUUUUUUGUCAUUUAGCAGACGCUCUUAUCCAGAGCGACUUACAGUUAGUGAAUGCAUACAUGUUUUUUUUUUUUUUUCAUACUGGUCCCCCGUGGGAAACGAACCCACAACCCUGGCGUUGCAAACGCCAUGCUCUACCAACUGAGCUACACGGGACUAUAGCAUUGCCAAUAGCAGUAUGCCAAUCAAUGCCUUUUCUCCUCUUACUAGACAGUUUAGUUUAUUAAUUCGAGAAUUUUAGAAAACAAGCACACAUAAAACUUGAAAAAGCCAUACAUGCACAUGAGUAAAAUCAUUGAGGAUAACACAAUAAAGUCUGGGACUUAUUUCCAUUGUUAAAUGCAUUGCUCUUUAUGUAGUUCUCCUCUCGAAUUGUAAAUUGUUACAUCAAUUAUUGAUUUACUGUAUCUGAGGCACUGAAUGAUUUGUUUCGCUUGGAUAAAAAAACUAAAUAGAUCCAUACAUUUUACCAUAGGAAGUUCUUAGAGUCAAUACUGCUGUGCUAUUUCCAAGUGUCGCUGUCUCCAAUAUGCACUAGUAAGAAUAGUCAAUGUCACUUAAAGCUGGUUAAGAUGAUUAUUUAGCUGGCCGGACAUUCCGUUCAAGUCAACAGGAGUCUCCUGCAUGGAGAUUAGUGUGAGCCAAUCUUAUUAUGACUGUCCUGCAGACUGCACAUUUACCCAGAGGUGGAGCUCCAUGUCUGCAAUUAAAUCACCUUUUGUAACGAUGACCUAAAAUACAUAUUGACGGCUAUUCUGAAUCCUUAAGGCCAGUCAGAGCAUCAGUAGAGCUGUGCCCCAAGCCUCUAACAAAAGGUUCCACAUAGAGAGAGUUAUAAUAUGUGACAGUUUGAAUCGAUGAUCCUUUGUAUCAAUGCUCAAUGAUCCAAUAGGAACUAACAGGAAUAAUAAUAAUAAUAAUAUGCCAUUUAGCAGACGCUUUUAUCCAAAGCGACUUACAGUCAUGCGUGCAUACAUUAUUUUUUUGUGUAUGGGUGGUCCCGGGGUUCGAACCCACUACCUUGGCGUUACAAGCGCCGUGCUCUACCAGCUGAGCUACAGAAGAAAGACGGGUAAGUCAUAUGUAUCAAUGCAUGAUAGAAGGGAGCGGUAGGAUAUUUAAGAAGUUGUGUGAUGUUAUUUUAUGUGAAUAGAGCUAACUGGAGAGGUCAGAGAAAGGUUCAACGUCUACCCCCAAUAGUCCCAAAUCAGAAUCCCUGCCAUUGAACACAGUGAACCUCACCCAAAUAAAAAUCUCACCUCUAAUUCAUAUUUUAUUCUUUGUGCCUUUAGGACUCAAAUCCAGACUAGCAUGGCCAAAACGCAAGGACAAGGAGGAUAAGAAAGCCAAGCCAAGUGAGACGAGUGAAACGCUGUUGGACAAAACACCCAAAGUCCUUCCAGCCCGUCCUAUUAUACCAGAACUGACCCCAGAACAGAGGAUGAGGCAGACACCGUUUGAGAGGGUGCUUUAUGACAUGAACCACGACCAGAGGGUAGUCAACGACCUCAUACUGGGCCGGAGGAUCUCCUUCUACGAGCUCAGGGGGGAAAUAGGGUGUGGGAACUUCUCCCACGUUAGAUUGGGUAUCCAUGCUCUGACUAAAGGUAAGGAGGGAUUUAUUUCUUCGUCAUCCUUUCAGUAGUUAGUUAAAUUAAUCCAGUCAAGCAUGACUGGUACAGUAACCAGAGUGAGAGUUGAGCAGUACACUGUACCUCGUCUCCAAUGAUAUAAUCAUAUGUUACAUUCAGUAUACCAACUGAUGCCACUUUGGAAAAUGUAACAAAAUGGACAUUAUAGUUCCUACUCAAUGGAUGGGACCUGGCAGUAUGAAGAUAUAGCUCACUAACACAUUCCUACUGACCGGUUCCCUCUGAGCUGACCCUGUCUCUAGCCUCCCCUGCCUGCCACACAGACUCUGUCUCCAGGGGGGUAUUAUAACAGGGUGAAUACUGAUGCCAGAGGACAAGGGGUGAUCGCCUGAACUAAGCACCUCCUGAUCGCCUCAGAUCCCCCCUCACCCCCUGUGGUGAAUUUAUGUUUUAUACAGCUCUCUUUAAUUUCUGUAGCGAGCAGUUAGAGAUGCCUGCAGGGAAAUAACACAGGAGAGAUGGCGAGAUGGGGGGUGGGGAGACGGGGGGUCUUCAUUUACCCUCACAUUCUCCUCUCAGGCACAUGUUUCACUGGACGUUAUAUAACUUGGUGAAGCUUCAAAUUAAAUUAAUGUCUGAUCACCCUUCCUGCUCUCCUAUCAUUUCUGUAUUGGUUUCAUACCCUCUCUCCCCUACGAUCAUUCUGUAGUUCGUUUACCCACAGAGAAAGAAGAGAGAGAGAUAGAGAACGAGCGAGAGGUCUCUCUGGGCUCUCUCCGAGAGCUCUCUCUCUCUCUCUCUCUCUCUCUCUCUCCUCUCUCUCUCUCUCUCUCUCUCUCUCUCUCUCUCUCUCUCUCUCUCUCUCUCUCUCUCAGAGAGGGUCGCAAUCAAGAUUUUGGAUAAGCUUCGGCUGGACAAGAAGUCUCAGUCCCUGUUUGCCACAGAGAUCAGCUGUAUGGAGAAGCUGUCCCACCCUAACAUUGUUCGUCUCUAUGAGGUGAUCGAGACCACCAAGCGCCUGUACCUGGUGAUGGAGUACGGCAGUGGGGGAGACCUCUACUCACGUAUCACCAACAAGGGGCGUCUGUCUGACCUGGAGACCAAGCUCACCUUUGCCCAGAUCAUCUCUGCCAUCAAACACAUGGUGAGCUAUAACCAGUCAAAGCAUUGAACAGAAGACAGGCACAGAUGGCAAUUCUACUCUGUGAUUAAGGCAGUUUCCUAACUUGAGGAUUGGGUGCAUAACUUUCGCAUAAAUCAUGCAUUGUCUAUGGCCAGGAUUUACCAGAAUGUAUCCAAUUAUUGUAGGCUACUCUUGCUUGAUUGAUUCAGAGAGCACAUCGUAAUUUUAUAGCAACAUCCAACUAACAUACCCCCACCCUACCCCUUUUUGUUAUCAUUUCAGCACGACAACAACAUUGUCCACCGAGACCUGAAAGCAGAGAACGUUUUCUACACCACCAGCUACUGCAUCAAGGUGGGAGACCUUGGCUUCAGUAUCGUGAGUGCUCCAACUGAAGUCCUCACCACGUUCUGUGGCUCCCCACCCUAUGCCGCUCCAGAGCUCUUCAAAGACAAAGGCUACGUGGGUCGUUAUGUGGACAUCUGGGCCUUGGGCAUCCUGCUCUACUUCAUGGUCACCGCCACCAUGCCUUUCCACGCCGACAACCUCGGUCGUCUGAAGCGCUGUAUCAUGCAGGGAGCCUACGCCUUCCCGGACUAUGUACCCAACCCCUGCCAACUAGCCAUAAAGGGCAUGCUGAGGCCUGUGCCCGCCGACCGUGACUCCAUCUCCCUGAUAAUGACCAGCACGUGGCUGAAGAGCAUCGAGUACCCUCGGGCGUACGGCCCACUGCCCCAGACGCCCUUUCACCUGGCUGAGACCUCCCAGGCCCUGUGUGUGGAGGAGCAGGAGGUGAAGUUGGCCCUGUCUGAUCUGGGCAUCAAGGGAGUCCACCUGCAGAACAACACCUGUACAGACAAUCGCAGCCCCCUGACGGGGACCUACCGUAUCCUUCUCCACCGCGUCCAGAAGAGGAGGUCUGUGGAGGCGGUGGGAUACGCAGCCCUCUACCCUGAGGACUUUGGCAGUAAGAAGGGCGGGACACCCACUGCUGUUAUGGACAAGCACAACCCUACCAGUGUCUGUGUUAUCCUAUAGACCAGGGAUUUUGCAACAAUUUUUGAACCAGGGACUGGCAAAUUAUGGAUAUUUUCUUUGGAUUAAAACAAACUAUUUAGGUGGGCCGCUUAUAUUGAAAUUGAACACUUGAGAAGUGAAGUUCUCCCACAACUAUGAACUAUCUGAGGGACCAGUCAGCAACAUCUCAGGGACCAGUGCUGCUCCAUGGACCUCCAUGGAGGUUGAGAGGUUGAGAAAUAAUGCUACAGAGUCUGGCCUCCUGUAUAGCCCAGGCUCCACCAGAAGAGAUUCACAAGACACACGCACGCACACACACACACACACACGCACAGACACACGCACACACCACAAACACACAUACACACACUACUCUCACGGAUCUGCUGUUGCUUAUUCAUCACAGUACAGAUGAUAGAUAGAUAA